CUCCUCCCCCCACCCUUCCCUCUGCCCUCCGGGCACAACCCACCCAGGCCCUUCUGGCCCUCCCCACUCACUACCUUCUCUCACCACGAUGGAGUUAGACCUGACUGCAGCUCUGGACUCCACCUCCAAGAAGCCGCAGGGGGCAGACCACAAGCACAGCACCCCCAAAGUUCAGGGCAAGGCAGAGGCCGGAGCAGCCGAUAAACCGAAGCAUGGCCACGGUCACCGCAGCUGCUCAGACUCCAGCAGCAGCAGCAGCAGCUCCGGCGACUCGGACAUGGAAGGAAAGCCUCACGAUGCCGCCUCCGACAAGCACAAGAGCACAGCCGGCAAGGUCAAGAAGCCCAAAGUGAAGAAGGAGAAGAAAAAAGAGAAGGCAAAGAAGGGGGCUCCUCACUGACCGGCCUGGGCUGGGGUCUCAUUAAACCUUUACUCGGCCUGACGGCCGCCUUCCGGUC